AUGGUUUCCUUUACCACCAAGGGGCUUUUCUCCCUAGCGAUAGGUGCAGCAGUCACCCAAGCUCAGCUAUGGGAUAAAGUCAUUGAGACAUCCUACGGACCAGUCGAGGGUUACCAGUAUUUCAACCAGUCAACUCUUGAGAAAUACUUUGGGACCUCCGAGUCGAAUGUGACAGCCUUCCUGGGCAUUCCCUUCGCUGCUGAUACUGGAUACCAGAAUCGUUGGAAGGCCCCUCAGCCCCGUGAGCGCUGGAACAAGACAUUGAAGGCCACAAGUUUUGGCCCUGCUUGUCCGAGCCAGGGUACGUUCGACAUCAGUGAGGACUGUCUAAGCCUCAACAUCUGGACCAAUGCUGGCACCAAGGAUGCAAAUCUGCCUGUGAUGGUAUGGAAUCAGGGCUCUGAUGAGACUAGUAACGAUGCCUGGUGGUAUGGUGGAGGUAUGGCUCUGAAGGAUGUCAUUCUCAUUACCUUCAACCGUCGCGACGAUGCCUUUGGUUACCUUGCCCACCCGGAGCUUAAUGCUGAGGGAUACAAGGUUACAGGACACCAAACCUCCGGCAACUACGGUAUCCUUGAUCAGCUGGAGGUUUUGAAAUGGGUGCAGAAGAACAUCGCUCGUUUCGGAGGUGAUCCAGAUCGCGUUACCGUUGCUGGGCAGUCUUUUGGUUCAUCCCAAGUCUACCAUGCCGUCAACAGCCCUCUUUUCAAGGGCUAUUUCCAUGGUGGAAUUUCUGAGUCUGGAAUCAGAUAUCCCUACGAUACCAUGCUGGCCGGUCUUGCUACUUCCUACGUCAACAUGUCCACUGGUAUCGAACACAGCAAGAGCUACAUCAAAGCUCACAAUGUCUCGACCAUUGCUGAGAUGCGCACUCUCUCCAUGGAAUCCCUCCUAACCGGCUCUCAGGACCGUGUCGGUAACGAGUCUAUCUGGUGGGUGACUGCUAUCUCCGCAGGGUAUCCAUUGAUCUUCAAGCCCGUUCUCGACGGCUACGUCCUGCCUGAGAAGUACAUCGAGACCCUUCUCAACGGACCAGCCAACGACGUCCCUGUGAUAACUGGCAACACGAAGGAUGAAUCCGGCGCCAGCCCCACAAAUGACUAUACCGUCGAGGAAUAUGAGUCCUGGUGUACUCUCAAGUAUGGCAAUCUUUCCAGCCAAUACUUCCGCCUGUACCCUUCGCACAACAACCAAACCAUCGCCAAUCAAGCCUGGAAUGCCGCCGCUCGCGAUACCUCUCUGGUUGGCUCUUGGGCCUACGCAACGGAGUGGUAUAAGGCCGCUUCCUCCAAUUUCUACACCUAUUACUGGACUCACGCUCCUCCCGGCCAGAACCAGGGUGCAUUCCACCAGUCAGAAAUCAUGUACGCCCUGAAUGCGCUAUACGCCAAUGCCGACACCUACCCCUUCACCGCGAAGGAUUACGAGAUCCAGGAGCAGAUGUCGGCAUACUGGGCCAACUUCGCAAAGACGUUGGACCCUAACCAGGGUGGCUCGUAUACCGGCAAGGGUUCAUUGUCUCGUUGGAGUCCCAACAGUGCCAAGGGUACGCAGAAGGUUAUGGAGCUUGGAAACUCUUUCGGUGAUGUGCCUAUCGCAAAGCCGGAGCAGAUCAAGCUCAUCAUGAACUACUUCCACCAGCAGACGCCUUACUAG